CUCUGUUAUUUUGUGGGUCUGAAUCCUUAUUAAUGGUUGAAUUAUCACUGUAUGUUAAGGAAUAUGGCAUUUAUUUGGUUUGACAUGAAUUGUUAGAGAAUGACGAAUUCAUUUGAGGGAUUUUUUUUACCCAAACAAAUCUAAAUAUUUCAGCCUUAACAGGAUAAAACCAAACCUUAUUUAAUCAAAACCAAGUGGACGUUUGCACACUGAUAAAUUGUUGCUCGUGUAAUUGGGUGUCUGUGGAGACCGUUUUUCAGCAAGAAUUCGCAUCUGCCCUGCGUUUGAGAUGAAUCGUGUUGUGCGUAAAAUACGCACAGCCAGAGGCGCGGUCCAACGAAACGUUGACAAUGACUCGGCUGAGUGCAUUUCGAUUAAUGCAGCUGGCUGAAUCAAAAGUACACGCAACAUAAACAGAGCCCACCCCACACAGGAGAGCCUAUAAAAGGCAGGGUGCGCCUGAGCAGAUCCACCACCAACAGGAGACACUUGGAGAUUUUUGCGCCCUGUAGGACAGUUCACCACUCUGCGCCGAGAUGAGAGGGUUUUCGCUGAAUAAUGUUUGCCAGUGUGGCUUGUUUGCUUAUCUUGUCUUGUUUUCUUUCAUGUCUUUCACCGCCGCAGUCAGUUUCGACCUGACUGAGCUUAGGAAUAAAGUUGCAAAAAUUAAGGUGAAUCCAAGAGGCAAUCUGUGGGCUACAGGACAUUUCAUGGGUAAGAAGAGCGUGAUGGAUGCCCCCCUGCUGCCUUCAGCUGCGGGGCAGGGCAUUGAUGCGCUGGAAGUCACCCUGCCUGCGGAGCACAGCGCUCUGGUGGAGCUUUUCCAGGAGAUCCUGCGGGUGGCGUUGCAGUCGCAGGUGGAUACACAAGAGAGCCGCACGAAAAAUCAGGAGGCGGACAUGUUGAUGAAGAUUUUAGAAAGCUACAUCCAAAGCAGAAAGUGAUACAGAAGAUGUGUGGCACGCAUGCUCCGGGCUCACCUGGCCUCAUGGAUUCAAAUAAAUACUUUAGACUCAGUCUACAGUCUCCUGCUCAUCAUGAUUGUAAUUUACUGUAACUGUCAUACACUUCUCAUGUGCAAUUUGCAAUACGCAUAGGGGUUUUUCCAAUUUAUUUUGAUGAUGAUAUUUGACAUUGUCUUGUCCUUUAAAGUUAUUUAUAUUAAAUAAAAUAAUUAUU